AUGGCGUCUCAUGGAAACAAUGAGUUGGAACCAUUUCGCAUGGAAGGAAAUGCGGCGGCAAAUUGGAAAAGGUUUAAGAGGCAAUUUGACAAUUAUAUUACAGCAUUUUAUGAUUCAGUAGCGGAAAAGCGAAAGAUAGCGAUUUUACUCCAUGCGGGUGGUGAGGAAAUUAACGAAAUAUACGCAUCAUUUGCAUUGGAAUCGCCAGAGUUGCAAGUUGUAAUUGGACAUUUUGACGAGUAUUUUCUGCCACAGACAAAUGUCACAUAUGAGAGGUUUGUGUUUCUCAAUAGAAAACAACAGCAGGAAGAGUCACAUGAACAGUUUAUGGUGGGAUUAAAGAAUUUAAGCAAAACGUGUCAGUUUGGUGCGUUAAAGGAGGAACUAAUUAAAGACAUAUUUGUUAGCGGCAUUUCAGAUAAGGGUCUACAGGAAAAACUGCUCCGAACAGAAAUGUUGGACAUCAAAAAAGCUAUGGAAAUUUGUCGUACCCGUGCGGUGGUAGCGGAACAUGUGAAAACAAUGCAUAUUAAAGAAGAGGCAAUGGAAAUGACAGUUGAUACUGUUGAAAAGAGGGCACCGGGCAAGAAAAUUACUUGCAGAUACUGUGGAUAUACUCAUGAAUGGGGACGAUGCCCAGCUUAUGGUAAAGUUUGUAGUCAUUGUCAAAAAAGGAAUCAUUUUGCGAAAGUGUGCAGCAAAAAUAAAAAAGAGGUUAACUGUAUGGAAACAGCAGAAGGUGAGGCUGAGAUAGAAAUCUUAGAAGUUAAAAUAGGGUCGAUUAAUGAUAAAGAGACAACAGACUGGUAUAAAGUGAUAUUACAUAUUAAUGGAAGGCCCAUAGCAUACAAAGUAGACUCGGGGGUAGCCUGCAAUAUCAUGAGUCUUCAGCAAUAUUUGAGCUUGGGAUUCACCAAAGAACAAUUAGAACAGACGAAGGUGGUAGUUAAAUCCUUUACCAAGGAUAUCGUUGAAAUUAUGGGCAAAUGUUCGUUAAGAUGUCAAUUCAAAGACGUUAAGAGCAACUUCAAUUUCUUUAUAACGAAAGAACACUAUGAGAAUAUCCUAGGGUUAGAGGCAUCGGAGCGGUUAGGAUUAAUUAAAAGAGUGGAUAUCUUAGAAAAAAAUAACUUUGUACCAAAGAAGUAUAAUGACCUGUUUGAUGGAUCAGUGGGCCUGGUACAACAGUGUUGCAAGAUAAGAUUGGAUAAGAGCAUUAAGCCGGUGGUUGCUCCGGCUCGUAGGAUACCGUAUACCCUGUUCUCGUCGGUAAAAGAGGAACUAGAUCGAAUGGAAGCGAAGGAUAUAAUUAAAAGGAUAACAGAGCCUACGGAAUGGGUCAGUCAGAUGGUUGUGGUAAUGAAAAAAGACAAAACACUUAGAAUAUGCUUAGAUCCGAGGCCAUUGAAUAGGGCUAUUAAGCGGGAACAUUAUAUGUUUCCAAAGUUUGAGGAAAUUGUAGCAAGGCUAAAAAAUGCAAAAGUUUUUUGUAAAUUGGAUGCGCAGUUGGGAUUUUGGAUGGUUCCAUUAGACGAAGAAAGCUCGAAAUUUUGUACAUUUCAGACUCACUGGGGCAGAUACUCGUUUAACAGACUUCCGUUUGGGUUGAAGAGCGCACCUGAAAUCUGUCACAGAAUUAUUGCGCAAACAGUGGAAGGUAUUCGAAACGUAGCAUCCUAUCAGGAUGAUUUGCUAAUAUGGGCUGAAUCAGAGGAAGAGCUAAAAGAAAUCUUGAUGGAAGUAUUGGAAACUGCUAGACGGAAAGGAAUUAAAUUUAAUCCAGGAAAAUGUAUAUUUAAUGCUAGUAAGGUGGAGUUUUUGGGUCACAAUAUCAGUCCAACGGGAAUAUCAGUAGCGAAUGAAAAAAUAAAAGCGGUGGAAUGGCUGAAGAAACCUGCUGACAAGAAAUCGCUCCAGCGAAUACUGGGUUUGUUUAAUUACGUGGCGAAAUUUAUUCCAAACUACAGUGAGCUCACAGCAUCACUGAGGGAGCUCCUAAAGGAUGAUGUUAUAUUUAUAUGGCUCCCAAUUCAUGAUGAGGUAUUCAAUAAACUUAAAAAAAUAAUAACCAGUGAACCAGUACUGGGACUCUAUGAUGAGGAAAAAGAAAUUGAAAUAAGUGUGGAUGCGAGCUCUACGGCGGUGGGGGCUGUAUUAUUACAAGAAAGAAAACCGGUAGCCUAUGCAUCUAGGGCUUUAACGGAAGUACAGACAAGAUAUUCACAAAUUGAGAAAGAAUUAUUAGCGGUCUGUUUUGGAAUGGAAAAAUUUAAACUAUAUAUCUUUGGAAAGAAGCAGGUGCAAGUUGAAACGGAUCAUAAACCGUUACUAGGCCUGAUAAAAAAGCCCCUUCACGUUGUACCGACAAGACUAUAA